AGUAUACUGUUGCUAUAGAGAUAAAUAUUCACAAAUUCGGCUUGAUGUUGGAGAGUCCAGUAGACGUUGAAAACACUUGAGCAAAAAUGAGUGGGUUUGGCAACCUGUCAUUGACAGAACAGAUUGAGGAGCUUCGAAAGAAGAUUGCAUUGCUAGAUGGAGACCGCAAAGCUUAUCAUGAAAACUCACAAUGGACUAUAAAGCAAAACAAAGAUAUAAUUCAGAAACUGAGGGGCAAAAACAAAGAAUUGAGAUCUGACUUAGCCAAGAAAAAGGCUGGAGAUGCAAAGGUGAUUGACGAUGCUUUCAAGGAGAAGGAUCCAGUAAGACACUGUGCCAUGCGAGGAAUGUCUGGAAAGGCUGCAAUUGGCAAAGUUGACCAGCAGGUUUGUGAAACUAAGAAAAAGCUUAAUGCCUUGCAUCAUCACAGAGUCACAAGAGAAAAAAAGCUGGCAUCACUUCAGACAGACUACCAGCAAAUGGAAGAUGAUGCCAAACUAAUUGAAAACUCCGACAUUGGGGACAGCCCAGAGGCUCAGCAAUUGCGUAUGCUUGAAAAUCGUUUGGACAAAAUGAAUCUCAAGAUGAAUGAGGCAAACAAGAUUGAAAGCACUUACUUGCAAAUCUUGGAGCACCAGAAAGAGGAAAGAAGAACCUGGCCUAAACAACUUGACUCACUUGAACAAGCGAUUAAACAGCAGCAGGAGGAGCUAAAAGAGCUCAGGGCCAUGUUCAAUGAUGCUCAAAUUGCCAGGGAUAAUGCACGCUUAGAGUUAGCAAAGCAGGAACAAAGUUUGUAUGAAGCAAAGAAAGAGCGAGAUGCAAAGCUAGAAAAAUGCAAAAAACAGGCUGAGGAGAAGAAGGAACAUGCUGAUAAAGUUGAGAAAAGGCUACAACUUCAAAGAGCCUCAAUUCAAGAAGAUCUUUCACACGAUCCAAAAUCCCAACUAUCAAGUGAAGAACAAGAGAAAAAGAUCAGUACCUAUGAAGAAGCAAUGGCAAAAAUCAAAGAUGCAACAGGUGUUUCUGAUAUCAAAGAAGUUGUUCAGCGCUUUCUGUCCCAAGGUGACACACAUAAACAUUUGGAGCAGCUGAAAAUAAACAAUGAAAAGAUGCUGGCAAGGCUGAAGGAAGAAAAGGAAAAGCUGCAGGCUGAAUUUGAAGAAAUGAAAUAUUCAGGGGAAGCGAAAAUGUCAAGUGGACAGAGAAUGCUGGAAGACUUCCAAGCUAAACUCGCUGAGGAAGAGAAAAAAUGCGAAGAAGCUAAACAGCGCCAGGAGAGAAGCAGCCGAAUUCUUGUUGACGUCAAAGCCGGUAUUGAUCAUCUUGCUGACAAACUACAAUACCUCAAGGCACCAAAAGGACAUGUCCCACAAGCCCAACUGACCCCUGGCUCGGACGAAUAUGUACUGGAUCUUCUUGGUACAAUUGAACAGAAACUGUUGAAGUUGAUGGAGGACCUUGGUGGGAAAGACAUUCAAGAUGUGAUGAAGGAAAUGGAAGAUCUGGACUUCCGCUCAAAUUUGGAGCACAAACUCCCUCAAUUUAACACCAGAGUCAAACUACCAGUUGCAACAGAGAAAAGCAUUGUUUAUGAUGAUGAUGACGACAGUGGAGAAGAUGAAGACUAUAUGUCAAGAAAUGCCAUUAAGCGUGAAUCACAACAACUUGUCGACUCAAAAACGAAGAAGCAUAAGGUCAGGCCUAGAAAAAAGGGCAAGAAGUGAUUUGUCAUGGCUGACUUUAUAUCCAUAGACAUUGGCUCGUUAGUUACCGUGGAAAAUCUAACCUCUUUGUUUCUUGCAAUCAAGUAUAUAAUUUUCCUCGCUUAGUACAUAUUUUUCUCAUACGACACCUUUGUCCUCCUUCCACUUCAGAACCUGUACAUCUAUAGGCUUAAACUGUCUCGAUUAAUAUCGUAUUUAACAUUCACCAAGGUUGAGGGAAAGACCAGUGUUCUUUCAGCGUCAUUGAGUGAGGUGUAUGAUUUUACU